AUGACCUUGACACAAUUUGGUUGGGCACCUGAGCUGGGAGGCCUACAAAACUUCUUUCGCCACCCGGCGAAAUGGCAGCUGGCCGCCAGGGAGAAGCGGGACGCCAAUAUGGAUAAGAUACCGGAGGAAUGGAUUCUUGACCCCACCAUUCUGGCGGAUGGGAAAUCCCGUCGCUGUGUCGUUGGUGAAUUUAUAGAGCUCUUACUAGACGACAAGUCUCGUCAUAUCACAUCCUUGGACGUUCUGGACUUGGUGACUGGAAUGAAACAUGGGAAACUUACUGCUGUAGAGGUGGUGACGGCAUUCUGCAAGCGGGCUGCCUAUGCUCAUCAACUGAGCGGCCUGUUGCUUGAGAUUAGAUUUCAUGAGGCCAUUGAAGAAGCCAGACGUCUUGAUGAAAUAUAUAAGAAAGAUAAGAGGCUCGUGGGUCCAUUGCAUGGAGUCCCCCUUACCUUGAAGGAUCAGUUUCACAUUAAGGGGCUGGAUACCUCAAUGGGCUUCGUUGGAUGGAUUGGAACCUUUGGGGGCAAAGUCAUCAAGAACCCAGAGAAUGUUGUUGAGAGUGAAUUAGUCCGGGAGCUCCGCAUUCUAGGGGCAAUUCCGAUAGGCAAGGCCCCAGAGACAAAUAACAACAUUCUCGGAUAUACUUUCAACCCAUGCAACCGUAAUUUUUCAGCAGGGGGCUCGUCAGGAGGGGAAGGCGCCAUGCAAGCCUUGAGGGGAAGUGCAUUUGGGAUAGCAACCGAUAUCGGCGGUUCAGUGUCAAUGCCAGCCUCAUUCCAAGGUGUUUUCAGCCUAAAACCAUCAGCCGGCCGUAUAUCAUUCAAGGAUGCAACCAAUACGGGUCAAGGGCAGGAGGUUAUGCCAACGGUAGUUGGAAUUAUGGCUCACUCAGUUGAAUCUCUUAGGCUUGUCUUCAAGUCUCUUCUCUCUGUGGAACCUUGGCUGUAUGAUCCCUAUGCCCUCCCAAUUCCGUGGAGAUCCGAAAAAGAGUACAAUCCACAGGAAGAGCCAGAGUACAAACCAGCCUUUGGUUUGAUAGCCCAUGAUGGAAUGCUUACUCCUCACCCACCUAUAACACGUGCUCUCGAUAUUGUCAAGAAAGCGCUAGAAACGAACGGACAUCAGUUGAUUGACUGGGAAUGGAAGCGUCAUGUGGAGACCGUUGAUAUACAUGGUCUAAUUGCUCGAGGAGAUGGCUGUUAUGAUGUGUAUGACGCUGCCCGGCUGUCUGGUGAGCCUUUUGUUCCCGAGAUCAAAAACCUGUUCCCCAAUAAUAGGCCAAAGGCCCCUCUGCCACUUCCAGAGUAUGAGAAAGUAGUACAACGCAUGAAGGAGUACCGUCAAGAAUACCUAGAAUAUUGGAUGUCGACCGCAAAACGGACUGGAGCAGAUCGUCCUGUUGAGGCUGUGAUAUCACCAGUAACUCCGUACGCGGGUGUCCUACCAGGAGGAUUCUCCCGUUCAACGUACACAAGUUCUAUCAACGUACUGGAUUAUGCAGCAGUCGUCAUCCCUGUGACGGUUGCUGACAAGGAGAUAGAUGUUGUCAGCCCUGAUUUUGAACCUUUGGGAGAGAAUGACGAUCUGAAUAUGAAAUUGUAUGAUUCAGAGAAACAACAUGGCGCCCCAGCCGCUAUCCAACUCAUCGGGCGUAGACUAGACGAAGAGAGACUGUUAUCACUUGCCCAGACCGUGGUUAAUGCAAUAAAUGCCUACAAAUCUGAACAUGACAAAGGGUGCUGA